AUGAACUUUCUCAGAAAGUUUAUAGGGGCCACCCCCAUCGAUGAGAUAGCUCUGAUACCUUCAGGCAAGCUAUUUCUCACCCGGGCGCCGUUCCUGCCGAAGGGUGCCUUGGAGUGCUUAUACAACGAUGCCCUCAUCAAGAUAAAGAAGACAACAAGAGAGCACUACUACCAGCUUUCGAUAAUUAAGGCCAGCCAGGAAGGCGAGCUCAACCUGGAGUCUGCAGAUGACGAGAAUGACGAAGAUUCCUCGGAGGACAGUAGUGAAGAAAGCGGGAACGGCGAUGAGAAGGUAUUCUCAAUAGACUCAAGCCUCAAGUUUAAUAUAUACACAAAGAGUGAUGGUUCACAGGCAAUCUCAUGGAAGGAUAUCAAUGGAGACAUCGGCGACCGCUUUGAGUUUGCUAUAGAUGAAGACGUCAAGUACACUGAGGUAGACAACUUCGCCCUCAGCUUGUACAAGUGCUUAUAUGAGCAUCGUUACCAGAAGUCUGCUGCUGGAAUCAGUGAUAUAGACCAGCUCUCCGAGUUUGUCUACGAUCCAAAUACCGAUGACGAAGUGGAGGAGAUGGACAAGUUGUCCAGGUUUGCAAUGUCAUGCGCCAACUCUCAAGAUCACACACUGUGA